CACGUGUACCAUUUACAGUUCGGCAAUCGAACAAAAGUACAUUACGUCUGAUUUACACAUUCCUCAGAAACAUUUCAACAACACAGAAAUUGAAAAUGGGGGAUGAAAGCUCUAUUAUUAGUUCUACUUCACCUCCACAGAAAAAGAAAAAAGUUCAGAGACAGAUUGGAACUCAUAAUGGACAGUUUCAUGCUGACGAGGCUCUGGCUUGUUUCAUGUUAAAACAGCUACCAGAGUUUAAAAAUGCUGAGAUCAUCAGGACUCGAGACUAUAAAAUACUGGAAGAUUGUGACAUAGUCGUGGAUGUGGGCGGAGUUUAUGAUCCAGUUAAAAAUAGAUUUGAUCAUCACCAACGGACAUUUAAUGAGAACUUCAAUAGUUUGGACUCUAAAAAAAUUUGGGUGACAAAAUUAAGCAGUGCUGGAUUGGUCUACUUUCAUUUUGGUCGACAGUUGAUAUCACAGACGAUGGAGAAAUCAGAAACUGAUCCCAUAACGGAGUUAAUAUUCGAUAAAAUCUAUGAACGGUUUAUCCAAGAAAUUGACGGAAUUGAUAAUGGUAUAGAUCAAACAGAAGAAAAACCUAAGUAUAGAAUAACGACAGGUCUAAGUUCAAGAGUGGGAUGUCUGAAUCCAGGCUGGAAUCAACCACAGAACAACAGAGAUGAAUUAUUUGAAAAAGCUAUGGAACUGACAGGUAGUGAACUGAUGGAAAGAAUUAAUUAUUAUAAAAAUACGUGGUUACCAGCUCGAGAUAUUGUUUUAACAGCUUUCAAUAACAGACAUAAUGUAGACCCUAGUGGUGAAGUAAUGUGUUUUGAGAAGGGUGGGGUACCCUGGAAGGAACAUCUAUUUAAUCUGGAAGAGGAGUUGAAAGCCGAGACCCCAGUAAAAUAUGUUUUGUAUCAAGAUUUAACAGGUCAAUGGAGGGUUCAGUGUGUUCCUCUUCAAGAUGGCGGCUUCCAAAAUAGAUUAUCUUUACCAGAAGAAUGGCGAGGGGUACGAGAUGAUGAAUUGAGUAAAAAAACAGGAAUUAAAGAUUGUGUGUUUGUACAUGCUGGAGGUUUUAUUGGAGGAAAUAAGACUUAUGAGGGUGUCCUGAAAAUGGCACAGAAAAGUUUGGAGCUGAAUAAAGUCAAAAAGUGAUGUUAAUCUGUUAAAAAGUUUGUUUUUAUUGGAUGGUGGCCAUGCUGGUCUAUGGUCAUGUCUCUAAUAACGGCCAAAUCAACAACCUCAUUUAUAUCCAGUUUUAAUCCACAAUUUUUUAAACACAAAAAAUAAAUAUCAAGUCCAAAACUUAAA